AUCAGCGCAACAUAUGCGGAAGUCUGUGGGCGCUGCACGCGGGAGUCGUUCCAACGUGAACCGCUUUUAUAUAAUUAAACUUCAUUCAUUCUGUCAUUUAUUCUGUGUUUUUUUGCGCCUUUCAACGGUUUACACGACAUAAGUCGCCAGGUGAGAUGUUGACCUCCAAGCCGCUGACCCUGGUGCUGGUGGUCCAGCCGGGCAGGGUGCUGCUCGGCAUGAAGAAGAGGGGGUUCGGGGCCGGGAAGUGGAACGGGUUCGGGGGCAAAGUUCAGCCUGGAGAAACCAUUGAGGAUGCUGCAAGGAGAGAACUACAAGAAGAAAGUGGUCUCACAGUGGACGCUCUGGAGAAGGUCGGAAAUAUCAAAUUUGAGUUUGUCGGAGAAACGGAGCUACUUGACGUGCACAUUUUCAGAGCUGAUGCUUAUAACGGGGACCCAACGGAGUCAGAGGAGAUGAGGCCUCGGUGGUUCCAAUGUAACCAAAUUCCCUUCAGCGAAAUGUGGGCUGACGAUAUUCUGUGGUUCCCCUUGAUACUCCAGAAGAAGAAAUUUGUUGGAUACUUUAAGUUCCAGGGUCACGACGUGAUCCUCAGCCACAGACUGGAAGAGGUGGACGAACUCUGAAAGAACCUGGACCAAUGUUGGACCAACAAACAUCAGCCUUUAAAAAUGUUUUACAUUAAAAACUGAAGAUGAUAAAUGUUCUUUCCAGUUUUAAGAACCAAUUGAACGGUUUGAGUGUUUUCAUGGUUGUAUUCAUCAGAAAUAUUGCCAGAAAUAAUACUGCAGCAAAAAUAACAUAACAAAAAAAAAUCAAAGCAGCAGUAUAGUCAUUUUAUUUUUCCAUUGUUACCAAUUUAAUAUCAUUCAACAAGGAUUUUUUUUAUGUGAUAAAAUAUUUACAAUUUCUACAGUGAUAUUUUUAUUGGGUUUCAUUUUCUGUGAAAGUGAACAAGUUGAUUCCCAAUAAAUUAUUAUUCCAAAAACAAA